AAAAGAGGAAACGAUGUCACUGACGUACAAUUAAAAUGCCCUUUUAGCAAAUCGAUUAUUUGCUAUUAUCAUUAUCGGAGUUAGUCAUCACACCUUGACUGACAGUUAAUUUCCUCUUUGUGUAAGUGACAGUAAACACAGAUUAUACCAACUCAGCACUGACCUCUGUGUGUGUGUGUGUGUGUGUGUGUGUGUGUGUGUGUGUGUUGGGGUUUUUUGGAUGGUUACCUGUCCUAUAUUUCUACAGAGGGGGCGGAGGGUUGAUCUGUAUAUAAAGAGACAGGGCUCAGAGAAGUCUUCACAACAGCAUCUCCUGACAGGUGAAAACACUUUGACUCUCUCCUCAUUCUGCAAGUUAAUUUAUCAACCUGAAAAAUGAAGCUCUUCGCCGCAAAAGUCGUCUCCUUCCUCCGUCCAGCCGCCGCCAUGCUGGUUCUCCUGCCGCUGCUUCUGAUUGGCUGGGCCGAGCAGGCAGCGGCGCUCCCUGUCGACCGGCCGCUCAGCCAGCCGCUACGAAACCCGGAGACGUACCAGGCUGUCCGGGAAGUGUCACAACACGCUCAGAGUGUGCAGACGGAGGACGACUCCAGCACCAGACUGUUGCCCAGAGUCAACGCUAACCAGGACCACCUGAAGAUCUGCUGCCUCCAUGCCAACAUCCUCGACUUCUACCUGAACAACAUCCUGCAUCACCAUGACAACCAGCAUCCCAAAAUGCACCGGCUGAAGACUGACCUCACCCGUGUCAGCGAGGACCUGCAGACUCAAGGCUGUAAUGUGACUCACUACCAUGACCAUCAUCACGCUGUGGAGUUUCGCAGGAAGCUCACCAAGAUGGGGGGUGAGCGAGGUAUAAACAAAGCUGUGGGAGAGAUCGACAUCCUGUUCACUUACCUGCAGGACUUCUGCCUCCAGCCGAAAAACUCCACUGCUGCUGCCGCACACUGACGCCUCGACUGUUUCUACUGUUUCUACUGAACUCUGAGCAAACAGCCGGUUUUCUAUUUAUCAUAUUUAUCAGCUUUUAUACCAACAAUUUUUAUACUUUUAUUUAUUAUUCUAUUUAAUUUGAGAACAUAUUUAAAUUUUUUAAAAAUAUAAAUGUACAAUAUUUAUAUUGACUUGAGUAUAAUUGAUUAGUUAUUGAUCUAUUUAUUGAUCAGAAUGUUUAAUACCUGAGCUGAACGGACUCUGGUGUUGAUCAUGUUGCCAUGUUAUGGCUAAUUAUUAUGGAAGGUGUUACAGUAUUUAAAAGUUUAAUGUUACAGUCAGACUGUUGGACAUGAUGUGCUGAAUAAACUGUGUAACAAGAUUUACUUGAAAAUCAAUAAAGUUUGGUUUGAAUAUGAA